CGCCCGCAGGAUCCAAACAAGCGCGUCGGCGCCGCCAAGGACGGCCCCGUCGGCCCGAAGCCAAUUCCGAAUGCAAAGGGGACAUUCACCCGCCAGGGAAGCGUCCUCGGGCGCGAGACGGAGGACAUCAACGAGCAUUACAAGUUCCACAACGAACUCGGCAAGGGCGCGUACGGAACGACGUUCUUGGUGUCGCACAAGGUGACGGGGAAGAAAUACGCGUGCAAGUCCAUCAGCAAGCGCAAGCUCAUCUCGAAGGAUGAGAUCGACGACGUGAGAAGAGAGAUCAGCGUCUUGCAUCACCUCAGCGGGCACCCGAACAUCGUCGGCCUGGUCCAGGCGUUCGAAGGGAGCAAGCACAUUUACAUCGUCAUGGACUUGUGCACCGGCGGGGAGCUGUUCGAUAGGAUCGUCGAGCGCGGGAACUACACGGAGCAGGAUGCGGCGGCGGUGUUUCGAACGAUGAUCAAGUCGUGUCAGUACUGGCACUCGCUCGGCGUCGUGCACAGGGAUCUGAAACCGGAGAAUUUUGUGCUGAAGACGAAGGAUUACGACGCGCCGAUCAUGGCGAUCGACUUUGGUCUGAGCGCGUACUGGGAACCGGGUCAGCCCCCGAUGGACAUCUUCUGCGGCUCCGCGUUUUACAUGGCUCCCGAAAUUUUCAACAAAAAGUACGACGCGGGCGUGGACAUCUGGGCCUGCGGCGUGAUCUUAUACAUCCUCCUCUCCGGCGGCCCGCCGUUCAUCGCGGACACGGACAAGGGCAUCCAGGAUAUGAUCCUCGCGUGCAAGUACGACCUCGCCGCGUCGCGGUGGCCGAAGAUCAGCGCGAGCGCGAAGGAUCUCAUCCGAAAGAUGCUCAUGAAGAAGCCGAAAGAUCGUCUCACGGCGGAGGAGGUUCUGAACCACCCGUGGGUCCGCGAAGACGGCGACGCGCCGGCGACGAAGAUCGAGGACGAGGUUCUGUCGCGAAUGAAGAACUUCAGCGCGAUGAACAAGUUCAAGAAGCUCGGGCUGAUGGCGAUGGCGCGGACGAUGACGAAGGAGGAGAUCUUGGGGUUGAAGGAGCUGUUCCAGUCCUUCGACGAGGACGGCAGCGGCACGGUGACGAUCAAGGAGUUCCAAAAGGGCCUCGCGAAGAAGGGGACGUCCACCACCGCGGCGGAGGUGCAGCAGCUUCUGAACACGAUCGACGUCGACGCGUCCGGGGAGAUUGACUACCAGGAGUUCAUCGCGUCCACGCUCAGCGCGGCGAAGUUCAACAGCGAAGAAAACAUCGCGCGCGCGUUCGCCUACUUUGACACGGACAACAGCGGAUACAUCACCGUGGACGAGCUCAAGAAAGUCAUCAAAGAGAACAACGUGGACGUGGACGCGACGAACUUCUUGGAUGAGGUGGAUAAGAACAACGACGGGCGGGUGGAUUACGACGAGUUCCUCGCGAUGAUGACGAAGGAGGACAAACCCAAGUUUCGCUGA